AUGAAGACCACAAGUAUUCCAAUUUUUGCAGGCCAAGGUUCCCUCUCAAUAUUUUCGCCCAAGGCUCGAACUGUCGCUACCAAAGAUGCCUCUACCGCCUCCGGAUCCCUGCUGCUUAAGGCUGCCCACCAUGCGUUUACCGCCGAACUCUCCAGCUUGACUGAUGAAGAGCGCGCAGUUAUUGGCAUUGACCUUGCAGAUUUCCCCAGUCCGGGAAGUCUACUUGAGCCAAAGGAAAAGUAUCAAUCCUCAUGUAUCAUUCAAGGUACAAGUUUGACACUUUUCCAACUCCUUCGAUAUCUCUCAUACAUUGAAACUACUCCCGGUGUUUCGCUUGAAACUGCCGCAGCUUCAUUCUCUGAAGUUGCUGGAUUCUGUUCAGGAUCCUUGGCUGCUGCAGUUGUCGCAAGCUCACAUACUACUGUUGAUUUUCUCUCUAACACCGUCGAGGCCUUUAAGCUGGCGGUGUGGAUUGGAUAUGAGACAGAGCUAUACAGGAUAUCUGAAAGACAGGAGGGUGAGAAAGAACUGCUGUCCUGGGGUUUAGUGGUUUUCGGUUGGACUCGAGAAGUCGCACUCGAACGCAUUGCCGCCUUCAACAAAACGUCCACUGGACCUCUACACCUCACUGCUGUCUCUUCAGAGAAAGUUGUUUCUAUCUCUGGUCGUGGCGAUAUUCUCGCUCGAUUCCAGAUUGAGGAAGUUGCUGGGAAAUUCAGCACUAGAUUUACCAAUGUGCACACUCUGUACCACGGUGGGAGUGUCAUGCAGCCUGUCAAAGAAAGGGUCCAAUCGCAUCUGAUUCGACGUAACCUCAAGUUCCCCACUCUGGCAGAAACAAAGAUCCCCCUACGUUCCACAGUUAACGGCAAGCUGCUUUCGCCCGCUACCUCUAGCAAAUCUCUACUUGAGCUUGUGUUGGAUAUGAUCCUCAUUGAAUGUGUCAACUGGGAUAAAGCUGUCGAUGGAAUGGUUUCGAAUGCUAUUAGAGUUGCAAACGACACACAGACGUCUUUUGUCAACUUUGGUCCGGGAACUGGAUCGGUUUUUCAGGCCCAGAGGCCUCCUCACCAGAAUAUUAACUUGAUUGACCUGUCGCACACUUCGGAUGCUGCAGCGACAUUUGCAAGCCAGAAGCCACUGAGGUUCAAGCCAGAAGAUGGCAUUGCAAUUGUUGGUAUGGGUGUUAAUAUGCCUGGUGCAACCGAUGUUUCCGGUUUGUGGAGAGUCCUUGAAGAAGGACUCAACACCGUGUCUGAGAUCCCUUUCUCCCGGUUUGACGUGUCGAACUAUUACGACACUUCAAGCGGUACCAAACCAGUCAGAUCAAUGGGCACCAAGUUUGGCAACUUCUUGAAAAACCCUGCUGCUUUUGACAAUACUUUCUUCAACAUUUCUCCUCGUGAGGCAAAGUCACUCGAUCCACAACAGCGUGUUCUCCUUCAAACGGCGUACACCGCCAUUGAAAAUGCAGGAUAUGUUGCAGACUCUACCGACACUUUCGCUCGGGAGUCCUUCGGUUGUUAUGUUGGCGUCGCGACGGGCGACUACAGCGAAAACCUGAGGGACGACAUUGACGUGUACUAUAGUACCGGUAACCUCAAAGCUUUCUUAAGCGGACGUAUUUCCUAUGCAUUGAAACUCAGCGGUCCCUCGCUUGUUGUAGACACAGCAUGCUCUUCAUCUUUGAUUGCCAUCUACCAGGCUUGUCGUGCCCUUGAAGCUGGCGACUGUAACGCUGCCGUUGCUGGUGGUGUGAACGUUAUUACCAGCCCUGAUAUGUACCUUGGCCUUGAUCGUGCUCAUUUCUUGUCUCCUACCGGGCAAUGUAAGGCGUUUGAUGAAUCUGCGGAUGGAUACUGUCGUUCCGAGGGUUGCGGGAUGUUUGUCCUCAAGCGACUUUCUGACGCUAUUGCCGAGAACGACCAAAUCCUUGGUGUUAUCCGUGGUGUGCAAGUCAACCAAUCCGGUGAAACACACUCCAUCACUCAUCCCCACGCUGCUACACAACAGGUCCUUUUCAAACGGCUUCUCAAGGAGACUGGUGUUGAUCCUUUGGACAUUAGUGUUAUUGAGGCUCACGGCACGGGUACUCAAGCUGGUGACCCCGCCGAGCUUGCUUCCCUUCGUGGAACUUUUGCCCAGACAAGAACCCCUGAUAAGCCCCUACAUAUCACCUCUGUCAAGGCAAAUAUCGGCCAUUGUGAAGCCGCAUCUGGGGCAGCCGGUCUUUCAAAAUUGUUGCUCAUGCUGAAGCACAGGACCAUUCCCAAGCAAAUCUCACUCAAGAAACUUAACCCCAAGAUCGCUCCUCUGGGAACCGACGGGGUCGAAAUUGCACGCAGUAAUCUUCCGUGGGUUUCCCACAGGGAGGGCGCUCGUCGUCUUGCAUUACUCAACAACUUUGGCGCUGCUGGAUCUAAUGGUGUUCUUCUUCUCGAAGAGGCUCCUGAGCUCAUCGAGAAACCUGCUGAGCUUACCCGGGCCGCACACUUAUUCGCCUUGACUGCAAAAAAUAAGAAGGCACUCGAGAAUCUACGCCAUAAGUACAUCAAAUACCUUAGGGAGAACAAAGAUACUCUCUGCCUUGAGGAUGUAUGCUAUACUGCCACUGCCCGCCGUCAACCAUUCGCCCAUCGCAUUGCAGUAACUGCUAGCUCUUUUGAUGCGCUUAUCUCUGAGCUAGAAAAGGCAGUUCCUAAGCAGAUCCCAGCGAGAACUGAGGAGUCAAAGACCGUGUUUGUGUUCUCUGGACAAGGUAGCCAGUAUCUUGGUAUGGGGAGAAGCUUGAUGCAAACCUCUCCGGUAUUCCGUGAGAUCGUUCUUCAAGCCCAUUCCAGCCUUGUGGGUCUUGGAUUUGUUGGUGUGCUACCUAUCAUGGAAGCCGCUGACGGAGUUGAGCCGGACUUGACGCCUAAACAACGAGUUGAGGCCUUCCAAUGCACUAUCUUUGUGUUGGAAUAUGCUUUGGCUAAAUUGUGGAUUUCUUUUGGUCUUCAGCCUGAUGCAGUUUUGGGUCACAGUCUCGGAGAAUAUGCUGCUCUUGCUAUAUCUGAGGUUAUUACUUUCUCUGAUGGUCUUAAAAUGGUUGCCAACCGUGCACGCAUGAUGGCCAAUCUUUGCAAGCCAUCUGCCAGUGGGAUGUUGGCCGUCAACGCUCCUCCGGAAAAGAUUGAGGAACUCCUGAAGUCUCGCCCAGAUCUCUCCAACUUGACCAUCGCUUGCCGUAAUAGCACUGCAGACUGUGUCGUUGCCGGUGAUCUCCAGCAGGUUGACAUUCUUCGCGCCCAUCUCAAGGACAACUCCAUUGCCAAGUGUAUCAAACUCGAUGUUCCUUACGGUUAUCACUCAUCUGCCAUGGACCCCAUCCUUGAACCACUCACUGCGCUUGCUGGAUCUGUCAAAUUCUCUGCCCCUCGGAUCAUUACUGGAUCCAACGUUCUUGGAAAGAUCAUUGGGUCAUCAGAUAUCAACGCCGAGUACUUCGCAAAACAUGCGCGUCACACUGUCCACUUUGCCGAGGAAAUUCAGGAAAUCACAUCUCUCCCAGAGUUCUCAGGAAAUGUCCGGUAUAUCGAGAUUGGGCCCCAUCCUAUCUCUUUGCCCAUGGUUAGAUCCACUCUUGGAUCCACUGCCAGUAAUGCGGAGUUUAUUCCAUCAAUGCAUAAGACAAAGGACCCUUGGGUUAGUCUCUCGGACUCCCUUGCAGGUCUUUUCCUCUCCGGGUUCCCAGCGAAAUGGCGUGAGGUAUAUGCUGGCUCUUUGGCAAUAUGUGUGGAUAUUCCAUCGUAUCCCUUCGAGGAUAAGGAAUUUUGGGUUGACUACAAGGAACACAACAAGGCAACUGAGGUCAAGGAUAUCGCUCCUGAGCCGUCGACUGGUAUGGCAACUGGAUACGCGAUGCUUGCUUCUUGCGUCCAGCUUCCAGGUGAUGGUGUCGAUGGAAUCUUUGAGACUCCGAUAUCCCAACUCGCCUCCUCUAUCAUGGGGCAUCAAGUUGGUGGAGCAGCACUUUGCCCGGCUUCUAUUUAUCACGAGCUUGCCAUGUCUUCUGCGGCGUUUGGUGUUCAUUCUACAACAGCUGCCCUGCACACUUUGAGCAAGAUCAAGUAUUCGCAUCCUUUGGUCUAUGAAGAUGGCUCCAAAAAGAUUGUCCGCGUCACCCUGAAGCUUGAUAGUCUCACUGGAGAUAGCAGCUUCACUGUAUCUUCCUAUACUGACAACCCAAAUUCAUCUCAGCUUCAUUGCGCCGGUGAACUAAAGCAGAUUCCAAAGGCAAGUAUUGAGCACAAGUUUAACCACCGAGGCCUCAAGCUUGAGCGUACAAAGAUCUCUAUCUUCACCUCGAAUGGCCGCCAGGGUCCGGAGACAAUUCAUACCCGCAUGUUGUAUGAGACGAUCUUUCCUCGAGUUGUAUCAUACUCCAAGCCCUACCAGACCAUCAAAUCUAUGACAAUCGAUCAGACUGGUACUGAGGGCUAUGCCAUCGUCCAGAUACCGACUGGGUACAAGAGUGGAAAGCAUGUCGUCAACCCAGUAUUUAUGGACACCCUACUUCAUGCUGCGGGCUUCAUUGCGAACAGUUCUGUCACCGCUGAGGAAGCAUGUAUCUGCAACGAGACUGGCCAAGCAAGGAUUCUCUACGACGAGAUCGACUACGAUGAUACCUUUGGUGUCUUCUGCAGCGUUGUCUACCUAGCCAAGGAAAGCACUUUUAUUGCUGAUGCCUACGCUGCGAACUCAGCCGGAAAGAUUAUUGGUGGACUCAAGGGCAUGCAAUUCAAGAAGGUCAAUCUCGCGAAGUUCAGGAAGCAUCUUGCCCAUACUCUUGGAAAGAAGGCUCCAACUCCUCAAGCAGCCAAGACUAUCUCUACUCCUGUCAUCCAGCAUGUUGCGCCACAGGCCGCCCCUCAGGCUGUUGCCGUGGCUCCAGCUGUUGAUGUUGUUGGUCAGGUUGCCAGGGUUAUUGCGGAGGUUUGCGGUGUUUCCCUUGAUAAUGUCACGUCCGGUACCGAGAUGGAAGCUCUUGGGGUUGAUUCCCUCAUGAUUUUUGAGAUUGCGGAUAAGUUGAAGGCCACUUUCAGUCAGAUUACCAUUGAUUCUUCUGAAUUGGCCGCCUGCCACACUGUCAAAGAUCUCGAGGACGCUAUCUCCAAGCACAUGCCUGCUCAGAGCGCAGCACCUCCUCCUUCUGCUCCUCCUCCAGCCCCGGCCCCUAAAGCAGCUCCUGCGCUCAUUGAUACCCCACCACCCAGUCCUCCGUCGGGCCCGGCUCUUCUUGAUAUCAAGGGUUUCCUGGAAUCCAUACUUGGAGUUUCCGCUAGUGACAUGCAACCUGACACUGAUCUUGAGUCGCUCGGUCUGGAUUCUUUGACUUCUAUUGAGGUUCUUCAUUCAUUGAAGCAGAGCAUUGGAAUCGAUAUUUCGCCGGAUACCAUGAACGAGUGCAAGACAAUUUACGAUUUCGAGUCCUUGGUUACGAAAUCUAUGCCUCGCCCUUCCGCUCCAGCGCCAAAAGACGUAUCGCCAGCCAAAGAUGACACUACCGAACUGAAGAAAAUGCUGCAAAUGACCUCCAAUCCAGUUUCUCUUCAGACAAGAGCUGGUUCGGGUGCGCCCCUGUUUCUUGUUCACGACGGCAGCGGCAUGUGUAACUACUACCAACGUCUGAGCCCGCUCGAGCGAAACACCUGGGGAUUCUACAACCCACGUUUCUUUGAGAUGGAGCAAUGGUCUGGUGGGCUUGCAGAUAUGGCCUCGGCCUACGCUAAGGAUAUUCAAGAGACAAGUCCUGGUCCUUAUAUUCUUGGUGGGUGGUCUUAUGGUGGAGUUGUCGCAUUUGAAGCUGCCCGUCAGCUUCUUAGGUCUGGAAAGCCUGUCACUGGUGUAGUCUUGAUUGAUUCUCCACCCCCUGUCAACCAUCAGGGACUUCCGGCAGAGGUUAUCGCAGCGGUUUCCAGGAGGUCCUCGGGGGGCAAUGCAUCUCGUCAAAAGAUCGAGUCUUUGAUCAGAACGCAAUUUGAGAACAAUACCCGGAACCUUGUUAACUACCGGCCUGCUAGUUCUGGCCCCAACCCCAAGAUGGUCCUUUUGAGGAGUCGAGAAGGGUUCUCUACAGCAGGCCUGAAUUGUGCUCCGCAUGAAUGGCUAUCGAACAGGAGUGACGUUACUCUUGCAACCGGGGGAUGGGAAUCUCUUGUUGGUGCCAAAAUACCAGUUAUUGAUAUCCCUGGUAACCACUUUGAGCCAUUUGACCAGAAUAAUGUGGCUGCUGUCUCGGAAAGCAUCAAUAAGGCAUGCCGGAUGCUGGGAGCUUAG